AUGGGAGAAAUCGGAGGUUUUUGUCACAGUUUCCCGCAGGUUGUUACUGAUGACUUCCAGCCGCCACGCCUUAUGCACGAUGUUCAUGUGUUACUCGUUGAGCAUCGCGUGAAUUUCGUCGUGAAUGCCAAGGAGCUUGGAACUUCCAUGAUUGCAGAGAUUCUUAAGCAAUUUUCGUAUGAAGUGACUGUGGUGGAGAGUGCAAGCUGUGCACUGUCAAGACUCUACAAUGGCACGGAGAAAUUUGAUGUGUUAAUGGUCAACUUUUACCUACCAGAGAUUAGUGACGAAGAAGAUGAAAAUGGAGAUGAGGUGGCAAGGAGCGCUAUAGAGCAAGGAGUGUUCCUUUACCUGGAAAAACCAUUUCCAGUAGACAUGUUGAAGUACCUUUGGCAACAUGUGUAUAGGGAAAGAAGACUGAUGAAUCACAGUAGUCAGGCUUUGGAUAUAAGCAUGGUGGCAGAAACGUUAAUCAAUGGAGAAAACAACAUUGUUUUCACCGACAAUCAGACUGCGACAGAUUCAAACAACAUUAAUCAUUUGCCAAGGAGAAGAGGGCCCAAGUUUAAGUGGACUGAAGAGCUCCAUGCCAAAUUCUUGGACGCCGUCAAUCAGCUUGGAGCAGGAAAUUGCUUUCCGAAGGAAAUAUGGGAGAUGAUGAAAGUUCCAGGUUUGACAAGAGAAAAAGUUGCUAGUCAUCUGCAGAGGUGUCGUGACAACAAAUGGAGGCCAUUGGAGGAGCACAGAAAUCGUCGCCGGUCACGAACAAUGCAAUUCUCCUCUCAACCUAGACGCCCCCGUGGCCAAAAGUUCGGGUUUAUGCCCUCAGUCGAAGAAACCAAUAACAAUGGAAAUAUUCCCCCGCAAGAAAAAAAUAUUGCUGCUGCGAAUGAUGGAACUUCGUCACAAAAUGGUGAUCAUAAUAAUGAGUUCGAUAGCUCACUGACAAUGUCCACUAAUUCCGUCACUAAUACUGAUGUAGGAAUACUUCAAACUGUUCAAAUUUCAGAAGGCACUAUUCAUGAUCGUAGCCUCUGUUGUGAAUUCGUCGCCAAUCCCCUGGCAGGUCACCGGAGAGGCGACGUUUGA